AUGUUGCACAACGCCUACCACUUCACAUCCCACACUCACUAGAAAAUUAGCAAGCAUAAAAUUAUGAAUCAAAACACUAUUUCCCCAUCCACAUAUGAUAGGAAAACUAUUGAAAAAAAUAAAAGAAAUCAAAUGAAAGCUCUCUACUUCAAACUCUGCUCUCUCCUUCCUCAAUCUUCAAAGGAAAUGGGUAGCAUGUCUGAUCAAUUAGGAGAAGCAGCAAUGUACAUAAAGGAGCUGCUAGAGAGGUUGGAGGUGCUGAAGCAGAAGAGAAAUUUUUUGAAGGUGCAUAAUUCUGUUGGCUCCAAUUUUAGUUUUAGGAGUGAAUCCAAUGCGUCGUCACUCGAAGUUCAUGCCAACGGCUCGACUCUCGAUGUCGUUUUGGUGACCGGAGUCGAACACCGAUGUAUGUUCAAGGAAAUUAUUAGGAUUCUAACCGAGGAAGGUGCAGAUGUUGCUAACGCGGCUCUCUCUGUUCUUGAUGGGACCGUAUUUCACAAUGUGUAUUCUGAGAUUGGAGGGAGUGGAUUGGAAAUUGGAGGUGCAAGAAUUUUUGAGAGGCUGAAGAAGUUUAUCGCUGCUGAAAAUUAAUCAAGAUUUCUGGGUGACUGCAACUGAUUAAUAAUAAAUUUUCGCACAUAAAUUUCCAUCUCUAAUUAAAUUUGUUGGAGAUGGAAAUUGAUGCAAGUGAUCAGAAUCAGUCAAUCGAUUGUGUAAUUUCAAGAAAGUGAUUUGUGAUGUUGAGGUCGUUUUUACAGACAAUGACAGUAGCAACGACAAUAAAUGUGCUUGCCACUGCAUGAGAUGUGAUAAUUAUGUUCAAAAUUAAAUAAAGAUUAGAAUAAAUGAUGAUGUUGUAUCGUUAUUUAA